GUUGGGAAUUUUAACUCUGCUGUGUUAACCCUUCUCUUUCUCUUUGAGCUUAGUGCAUGAAUUUGAUGUCUUAAUCCUUAUGGAGGACAAGACUUUCACUUAAUGGAAGAGAGCUCUGGUUUGUUUUUGCAAAUACGUUGCACAUGUGGUGUCCAUAAUCCAGCAUUUGCUGCUUUUUUAGUUUAGAAAAUAUGACAGUGAAGAAAAGAGAUAUGGACACCUUCUUCUCAUCCCUCUUGCACUAUAUUUGUGGGGUUCUCAGGGGCAUGUAGUUGUCCAAUGUGGGGAUCAGGUUGCUAAGUAUUUCGGCAUUCGGAGUUAAAACACUCAGCAGAAGUCAAACUUAAUACUGAAUCUCUAUUGGAGGAGCACACACAGAUAUAGUCACACUGAGAUUCUGAGUUUAGGAAAAUAAGAAAGCUACGUUUAUUACAGGAAAUACGUGCUUGAUAGGAAAGAUCCUGGUUCUGCCUAACCAAGGAGAUGCAAGGAGCUAUGCUUGCUGUUGUGUCUCGAGCUAUGCUUGCAUCUUGCAUGCAGAGAGAUCCAAACGUAGAUGCCUCCUUUUCCAAGGUGAGGAUGAAGGAGAAGGAAGUAGGAAAUGAGGUCAGCAACCCAAAGGGUAUCAGUCUAGUACUGGAGGGAAGGUCAGCACAGGUUAUGUCAGAAAGGGCAGUCUAGGAAACUUUAAGGGUUUCCCCUCACUCUCCUCUUUCCCAUGCACAUGUCAGCCUUUAGUGCAAGCUGAGUUGGAUCCCAAUACUUCCAACCGUCUGCUGGUUUGAAAAGUGAAACUGAUGAUUGGCAGGACUCAUGACAGACGAAAGUAUUUCAUCACACAGUGCAUAAAUAAUUUUUGGAUUUUGCUACCACUGAUCUUUUAUGUGGGCCCCCCCUCCCUCAGGCUAGGCUGGGACUGGAGGGAGGUGAGACUGUUUCACAUUUCUUUCACAAGAGGAGCAGCAAAUGUUUUUCCACAAUUUAUCUCAAGGCCUUUGUUAUCCAGAUGCUUUGAUGGACUCAAAGUCUGGUUUCAUAACAGGGGUCAGAUUGGAAACCCUAAGAGUUUGCUUGUCCUGGCUCUUAAAAAGCUAAUGCUGGAACUUAAGAGUCAAUCAGUUCAAGUCAGUGCUUAAAAUAAAUUAAAUUAGGCAGCUUAAUUUAUUACUUAAAUAAAUUAGGCAGCCUCCUAGAAGUUUUAAAUAGUUUCGUUGGAAAUUUGAUAAACUUUUCCAUCAUUGCAUAGGGAACUCUAAUUCAUAUAGGUGUAAAGGUAUGUGGGGAAUAAGGAAGGGGAUGAAUUGCAGAACCUCUAAAUAAGAGGCUUGGCUGUGUGUGAUAACAGAGAGUACGCCGCUUUUGAAACUUGCCAGCAUCUCAUGGCAUUAAUCUCACAGGUGCAUAGGGACUUUUGCUGUAAUGCAUAGCAUGACAAUUGUCUACCGUAGCUGCAUAAUUGUUGCUGCUGUUCAGUGUCCAAUGAAAGAUCCACACACAUCGCAGUAUUGCAGCUCAAGUUAGGGAUUUUUCACCUUUUUGAAAAGGUAUGGAUGGGAUUAUGGUUGCAGCUCUUGGCAACCCAGUGCAUACUACUCCCAAGACUUCUGACAUGUUGUAUAAACUCUAGCUCAGAAAUAGUAGGAUGGAGGAAUGACAUUCUGGAGGUUUCAUUAACUACCAAGUAAAAAGGGCUAGCAUGGACUCAGUAUUUACUUGUCUCUUAUCUGGGAAAACCAGAACAGGAUCACUCUGGUACUACAUGAGAAAUGGAUGGAUGAAUGAGUUUACACUUGCCUGUGAGAAAUGGGAACAGUAGCAGCCUACCUCUAGGCAUUGUCUUUGGGGAAAAAAAUUUUUUAAUUGUUUUAGCACUGUAACCUCUCAUGUAACCCAAUGAGCAUUUGCUAGGGUGUUGCAGGCUGGGAUGCUUCCUGCAGCUUCAGUGAAUGUCCAGAGCUGUUCCCCAUAUAAUUAUUUUUGCUACAGGGAUAGCCUCCAAGAUGCUUGCCUUAACUUUAGAACUGCCUGGCAGGUUUUGGCUUUAAUGCCAGUUUCCAUCCAAAAUCACACAUGUCUUCCCCACUUUGCCUGACACUUGUCUCAUUUCUCACUUUAGGAUAAGUAACAUAAAAAUAGGAAGCUUCCUUAUUCGGUGUGAGGCCACUGAUCCAUCUAGGUUCUUGUCAUAUGCACUGAGUGGUAGACGCUCUCCAUGGUUUCAGGCAGAAGUCCUUCCCAGCCCUAAAUGGAGAUCUCGGAGGUGGAUCUACGGAUCUUUUGCACCAAAGGAGCCUGCAUAAAAGAGAAAGCACACCUUUAGAGACAAACCUCAAAAAUUAACAAAAUAGAACAAGAUACCAUAGGCCUCUCAACACACUAUGGAACUUUUGCAUGCAAAGGGGAAAAGGCACCUGCAAAUUAGCUGCGUGUUUUGGGCUUAUCACUUGUUUCCCUUGUAACCUUCAAAGUUGAAAAAGUUGCCUUGCCACUGCAUAGCAGCAGCUUCUCCCCCAGUCCAUUCUGAAUGUCAUGAUGAUUCCAGCAUUUGCUACAGGCCUAGGUCCUGCAGAAAGGGUUGCAACAGCUGUCUGGGAAAACCAAUUUUCGCAAGUGCUAUCAAGCUCUAACAGAGGCUUACCAGCCUAUCUGUCAGAUUGCAAAGUACUAUAGUGAGGAUUAAAACAGAGUUCUGAUAGGGCACCCUGAGUGAUGAUGGCUGGCAGUUGGAAACACUACAUUGAGAAAAGUGUAAAAUAAAUAAAUAAACCUUGAUCUCGCAAAGGGGACCCCAGAGGGAACAGAGUAAACAUAGGGCCUUAAAUUGCAAAGGCAGGAAGGCCUACUCCGCUUUCUGAUCGAAAUGUCACUUGAAAAUAUUAGCUAUUUAUAGUCUGUGUUCAGGUGUUUCUGCACGAGGGAUCAGUAUGAGAAAGGGGAAAGAGGGGAAUGUUCAUCGAUAGGACAUCCCAGGGGUAUGUUCAAUGAAGUACAGUGAGCAGCAAACCUAAUGCUCUUUUAGCGCCAGAGGUUUUUGCCUAGUGCUUUGAGAAUCAGUUCUAAUUCUUUGUGAAUUUUGCCUAUCAUGCAAAACAAUUACAACCCCAUACUGUCAUGCAAAAGUUGCAUUAAUUUUGUUAUGAAUACAAUAAUGGCAACUGCUGGGAUAGCUCAGUCGGUAGAGCCUGAGACUCUUUAAUCUCAGGGUCGCGGGUUCGAGCCCCAUAUUGGGCAAAAGAUUCCUGCAUUGCAGGGGGUUGGACUAGAUGACCUUUGGGUCCUCUACGAUUCUAUGAAUUGGAGUGAGCCAUACAAAAUAUAGACAAACUUCUGUUUUGUUUUCAAAGCCUAGCACCACCUUCCCAACGCUAGCCUGUCUUGCUUAACUCCAGGCAUUGGAGAUUGUUAGAAGAAGUAGUGAAAAACACUCUUGCUACUUCUUGCCUUUGUCAACAUAAUGGGAGGGGAAGCCCUGCUUGUCCCCAAUGCCUCUGCCAUGGCAGAGAACUCAGGAGAAGAAAGUGUGUGCGUUGUCUCAAUUUGGCUUGAGUUUUGGAGAAAGUGGGUGCUACAGUGCUUGCAUUUCCUCUUCAUAGCCCAGCAUGAAGUGAGAGACUUAACAUGCCUAUGUUAUCUGCAAGAUUAGUGCAGGUUAGCUGUCGAGUGCUUAGAGGGCUCAGGAAAGGGGAGGGCACAGUGGCAAUCAACAAGUAAUUCAAAAUGUAUGGCCCUCCUGGGUCUGCCUACUUCUGUAUUCCGUGCUGCCACAACCUCAAUGACGCAGUGGAGACGCAGGCGUGGCAGUAGAAGUCUACAGGUGCCCAUUAUAGUCAAGCUUUUCCAAAGUGAAAACCCUCUUAGCACCUGUUUGGAAUUCUGCAAGCUGCCUGCUGUACUUUAUGGCUUAUUCCAAAACACUGGCAGGUGUGAACAGGCUGCCGGCUGCAGCAGGGAGCCUCUUGUCUUGGCGUGCAAGCUUAGAGGACUUCAUUGAAAGCUACAUUUCCAUGGCUUCCACUGUGCCUUCUGUGCUGUGCCUGAUUGGGAACUUCCUGCUAGUCAACAAGGUCUCCGUCAGCGUGCGCAUUCUCUCCUCCUUGGUCACCAUGCUGGCUGCCUUGGUGGGGAUCACGGUGCUGGUGAAAGUGGACACCUCCACCUGGACUUCGGGUUUCUUUGUCAUCACCAUCAUCUGUGUGGUUGUCUCCAGCAGCGCUGCCACCAUCUUCAGCAGCAGCGUCUUUGGCCUGACGGGAAGCUUUCCCAUGCGGAAUUCCCAAGCGCUGAUUUCAGGUCAGGCCAUGGGAGGAACAGUGAGCGCCGUGGCAUUGGUGGUGGAUCUGGCAGCGGCACCUGAAGUUACAGACAGCGCUUUGGCCUACUUCCUGACAGCAGACCUCUUUGUUAUUCUGUGUAUUGGGAUGUACUUGAUCCUUCCCAAGCUGGAGUAUUCCAGGUACUACAUGGGAAAACGACAGGGCGGCACACAGCCACCAUGUGUCUUGCCUAGUGACUAUUUGGAGGAUGGCGAUAUGGCCACAGGCAACACCAGCCUGCUUCCCCCAGACAGAAACCAAAGAGGAAGAAUCCCUCCCUUGGGAUCCAUCCUAAAGGAGAUGGGAGUGCUGGGCUUCUGCGUCUUCUACGUCUUCUUCAUCUCUAUCAUCAUCUUCCCUGCAAUCUCAUCCAGCAUAGAGUCUGUCAACAAGGUCCCAGGGAGCUUGUGGACGGACAAGUACUUCACGCCCCUCACUAGUUUCCUUCUGUAUAAUUUUGCCGACUGGUGUGGACGGCAAAUCACUGUCUGGAUCCAGGUCCCUGGACCAAAAAGCAAGUUGCUGCCGGCUCUGGUUCUGCUGAGAACUUUUUUCGUGCCGGUCUUCAUGCUGUGCAACUUCCAACCUCGGAAACACAUCACAAAGGUCUUCUUUACCCAGGAUGCCUAUCCGGUGGUCUUCACAGUUUUGCUUGGAUUCAGCAAUGGCUACCUGAAUACAUUAGCCAUGAUGUAUGGCCCCAAAGUCACGCCAAAAGAGCUGUCAGAGGCAACCGGAGUAUUGAUGAUGAUGUUCUUGCAGCUGGGGCUGGCUUUGGGAUCCGUCUUCUCGGUUCUUGCUGUCCACCUCAUGUAGGAGGAAGCAAUGGGGAGAUUCAAGUCCAUCCCUUGAGCUUUGGGGUACAGUAGUACCUUGGUUUUCAAACAGCUUAGGUCUCAAACGUUUUGGCUCCCGAACACCGCAAACCCAGAAGUGAGUGUUCCGGUUUUCAAAUGAUUUUUGGAAGUUGGUUGUCCAAUGGGGCUUCCGAUUGGCUGCAGAAGCUUCCUGCAGCCAUUUUGGAAGUCGAACGGACUUCCAGAACAGAUUCGUUCAGCUUCCAAGGUACAACUGUACUAGGAUUUUAUUUAUUUUUAUUUUUCAGUCAUGUUCAGAAAGCAACCAUUUCCCUUUUUUUUCAGGAGGUGAUCUGAACUCUCUUGACUUUAACAGCAGGGAAGAUGCUUAGAAACAUAUCACAAAAUACAGGGGCCAAAUUCACACGCUUGUGAUGCGUCGCUGAGACUUUUCCCAUUUCCUGUGUCAUGUUUAACAGUGUGUUUGUUUGUAAUGUUUUUGGUACUUGUACAUAUUUUGCCUUACAAGAUCAAUGGGAAAAGGAACCACUUACAUUUUGCCAAGGAUACUGGGAAAUUAAAUGCUGGACUCUUGACUUUUUUAUUGCAGGUAAUGUACAAAUUGUUAAAAAUAAUAAUAAUAGCAAUUGUUUUGGAAAAACUCUCCGAACCCUCUCAGGGCAGGGGGAAAUUGCCCUUUGGAGUAGGUUCUGUUGUAUUCAUGCUACAGGAGCAGGUAGCAAAUAUACAUACCAGGUGGGAAGAAUUCUCAGCAGCUGAUUUUAAUAAGGGAAAUCAUGGAAUGAUGCCAGGUGAAAAGAGGGUGUCAUUAAGCAACAUUCAACAUGUGCUUCUAGCCAAGUCCCUAGAGUGAAGGGCAAAUGCCAAGGAACCUUGAUUAUCCAGAAACCGAGAGUGCAAGGACUCCUCAUCCUGGGACCAGAACUUUAAAAAGCACAGGAGAGCCGAAAUGAGGAGCAGGGUAAGAAUUGCUCAUGUCACCAAGUGUACUUGUAGAGAGGUGUGGUUAUUAAUUGCCUGGGGCCUUCGAGCCAUUAUGCACUCUCAAUCCCAGCUUCUGAAAAUGCACCCAAAUCACGGCUGCUCUAGAAAUCCCCAUUUAAAGCAGGGAAAUCAAGUUUAAAAUUCACGGGUUAAGGCCAUCAGCAGCUAAUAGCCACAAUGGUUACGUUCUAGCUGCAUUGCUGAAGGCGGCAGGCUUCUGAAUAUCAGUUGUUGGAAGCUACAAGAGGAGAGAGUGCUGCUCUUGUGCUUGGCUCCUGUUUGUGGGCAUGCCAUAGGUAUUUCUGUUUGUCCACGGUGAGAACAUGGUACUAGACUAGACGGGCUGUUGGCCCGAUCCAGCAGGCUCUUCUUACAUUCUAAGCACUAGCAAAAGCUUUGAAGUAAAUGUUUGCGGAAUUAGUCCAGGACGCCAUUGUUCCUUGCAUCCUGAGGAGGACAUGACAUUAUUGAGUUUUGUUUGUUGAGGGCAGAACCAGCUGUUUUAAUGGAAAUGGAAGAGGCUUAUUUUGCAAAGGAAAUUGAAGGGCAGGAAACUGGUAGGGGAGAGGUGUUUAACAGUUCUACCCACCCAGACUGGUUGGCUUAUGGAAAACAAUAACAAUAAUAAUCCUUUGUUAGCCAGACUGGUUGGCUUUUGUAAAAAAUAAUAAUAAUCCUGGUGACCUACAGGUGUUUAGACGCCAACUCCUAAUGCCCCCACCUAGCAAAACCCACUGCCAUGUUUAACCCAUUUUCCUCAUGUGAAAGGUUUUGAAACUGGAAGAAAGCUCAAAAGGGAACAGGCGAAUGGCCUCUGUAGGCAUUUGUAAAGGAAGUACAGUCAUACCUCAGUUUAAGUACACUUCGGUUUGAGUACUUUCAGUUUAAGUACUCCGCUGACCCAUCUGGAACGGAUUAAUCCACUUUCCAUUACUUUCAGUGGGAAAGUUCGCUUCAGGUUAAGUACGGACUUCCAGAACCAAUUACACUCAUACUUUGGGUUAAGUUUGCUUCAGGUUGAGUACUCCGCAGACCCAUCUGGAAUGGAUUAAUCCACUUUCCAUUACUUUCAGUGGGAAAGUUCGCUUCAGGUUAAGUACGGACUUCCAGAAUCAAUUACACUCAUACUUUGGGUUAAGUUUGCUUCAGGUUGAGUACUCCGCAGACCCAUCUGGAAUGGAUUAAUCCACUUUCCAUUACUUUCAGUGGGAAAGUUCGCUUCAGGUUAAGUACGGACUUCCAGAACCAAUUACACUCAUACUUUGGGUUAAGUUUGCUUCAGGUUGAGUACUCCGCGGACCCAUCUGGAAUGGAUUAAUCCACUUUCCAUUACUUUCAAUGGGAAAGUUCGCUUUAGGUUAAGUACAGACUUCCGGAACCAAUUGUGUACUUAAACCGAGGUACCACUGUAUUUAGCAAGCAGGAAGUGGUUGCAGCCUCUUUCCCACUCACCGAUUCUUCCUUUACAUUAUCUUGGUGAAUGCUGGCUCGUAGAGAGGUGUCAUGGCAUAUGGUUAAUAAGGAGGAAAUGCCAGAAAAACCUAACUAGGGUUUCCAAAUAAAUGCUUUCAACAAGAAAAGGCAUCCUAGCACUUGCAUUGCACCUUUUCCUUUGAGAUGCAGCUUGCCAGGUUUAUUGCUCCAAACAAAAUUUGACAGAGGGAUGGUAUGGCAGCUGACAAAGUGACGUGACACUACAGCCCAUGCUUUUUAUUUCAACUGGUGAAGAAGCAAGGUCUUGGUUGUGCCAUGUAUUAUCUGACAGCAUCCCUUUACUUUGACUUGAGAGAACAAUCCUGUACCCUCUUACCUGGGAGUAAGUCCCAUUGAACUCUCAGUAAUUUUGUAGAAUCUCUCAGUGACUGAUAGGUUAAUCCUGCUCCAUGUAAACCAGGGAUUGGGGGGGGGGCUGUGGCCCUCUAGAUGUCAUUGGACUCCAAAUACCAUCAGCCACAGCUAGCAUGUCCAGUAGUGAGGGAUGAUGGGAGUUGUAGUCCAGAUGUUUUGAGACUACAAUUCCCAUCAUCCCUGACCACUGGCCCUGCUAGCUAGGGAUCAUGGGGGUUGUAGGCCAAAAACAUCUGGAGGGUCGAGUUUGAGGAAGCCUGAUCUACACCUUUUGGUACUGAAUUCAGUGCUAACUUUUACUUGUAUAAAGUAGUAAUGCAAAUGGUUAAUAAGUUUUCUUCAAAGCGCACAACAGGGUGCCAGUGUUUAAAUACCACAGUAAUGUUCCCAUGCUGGUGAAUGCUGUUUCUUUAGCUAAAAGGACUGGAUGCUUUUGAAGAGUAAGGCUUCUGAAAUUUGUGGAAAUGUUUGGGCAAAAAAAUGGCAUUAUAGAAUAGAACAGACGUGGCUCGAUCUCUUGUGUUUGUCUUAAUCACAGUCAUCAUUGGUUGGUUUAGCUUGAGGCUGUGGUCUUCGAGAAUGCACAGGCCUGCUGGGAGUAUGCUCUGGAAAUAUCCAGAUUUGCUUUUGAGUAGACAUGUAUAGGAUUGAGCUGUGAGAGGGAGAAAACAAAACUACAGUUACCAAUCUAUGUAAAAGCCAAAAAGGAAGACUAGAAGGAGAUUUCACACAAUUCAGUAGGCUUCGAAAUUGUGUCUAAUAUCUCAACAUCAUGAAGUAUGUACUCAUUUUAACUCGAGCAAUGUGCCGUUGUAGAGGGUUAUUUUUUCAGGCAAAGACCUGACUCGUAAGCACCCAAUGAAAGCGUUAAGCAGGGGAAAUACUUGCUUUGGGUUUCACUGUCUUGCGCUUCUUCACAUCUUAAAAUUUCAUGCAUGCAUGACAUUUGCAUGCCCCCCCCAAAACACCCUCAGUGUGUGUGUGUAGUGGUCCUCGUGAGGAUUCCAGACACAUCUGUUUCAUUGCACGUGCAAUAGGGGUGGGGCGAAGAUGUUGUGAUGCCUGCAAGCGAUUUCCAUAUAAGGAGCUGGGAAGCAAAUAGAAGACUGAGGAGGGUGCCAAGCAUAACAUUUAAAUGUUAGGACAUCGGUAAUGAAGUCAGCUUCCUCUUUCUGGUGGGUAUGUGUCGUUAAAGCACUGUGAGUCCCACCCCCACCCCCGAGACCCUCCCCUGUGCAAGGUCCAUAGAACUACCUUCAGCUUGCGCAAGAACAACAGGGUGUCAGUCAUGCUGGAGAGAUUCACAGGGGGUGUGAUUCCAAGGUUUGUACGACCGAACCACUGGCACAGCUUAAGAUGUGGCAGAUUUGUCAAAUGCUAAGUCUGUCUGGGGGAUGAAUUAGAGAAAGACUUAAAAGCGCAGCUCUCUGUGGCUCAGUUAUUUAACACUUGACAGAAUGCUAAUUGGAAAAUAAUCUGACCUCGUCACCAAAGACCAUAACACGCAUCAUGUGUGGGAAUGUGGGCUUGAUGGCAUCUGUUAUGAGCAGGAAAGUUGUUCUUGUUAUUUUGAGAGAUCUGAUAGCUGUACUUAAAAAACAAUCCAAAAACACACACCCUCCAGCUGGUUUUUAUUACUGGAUCUAAGAAAGAACAGAGCUAGUAGAUAGUAAACUGACAUGAUUGACAGCAGUAACUGAGGAUGGAGCACCCUAAGUGUGCAUUCGGUGUUUAGCUUGGGAUCACUAGUAAUGCUUGCAAAGUAUAGCUUUAUAGGUAAUUUAGAAAUAAAUAUGAAACCAGAUGUGAGCAGAAAAUUUACUAGGCAUGUGAUGGAGGGGCUGCAGCUUUUAUGGUUUGUGAUAUGCCAUUGUGUAAACUCUGGAAAUCGUAAGUGUUCCAUUAGGAAAACCUUGGGUCUUUGCUGCAUGGAUUUAUGACACAGGCUGACUGGCUUUGAUUAGUCUCACACUUCCUGUUCGCUUUUCCACUUGGAAAAUAGCACAGAUAAAAGGUUCAGAGGCACCCUUACGCUCAUCCGUUUUGGAAUGAGCUGUGUGUUUGUAUGUGUGGAGAAAUAUAUAAACAAAACCAAAGCUGUGUUUUCUCCAUUAGUUUCUCUCUGCCCUUCCCAGCUCCCCCAAAUUUCUGGUGUGGCUACAGUAGAAUGCUAGACCAUCCAUUCAUUCCUGGAGAACAUAGCUUAGAUCUAAUUGGACCAUUGAAGGUGCCACCUUGGCAGAUUCAGCCAGUGCUAAGGAACUUAUGAGCAUUUCCACACUGUCACUGUUUUCAGGUGGGGUUCGGUAACAUACCAGCAAGCCGAGGUUGCAAUAUUUGUUGUUGAUUGGGAGGUCUUACCAACAGACCCACUUCCCUUUGCAAUAGGGAAAGUGACAGGAAAAUGAAAUGUAAAGUUUGGGAUAUGACAUCAUGCUGUGUAACCUCCCUGCAAACAAACUAGGGCGAAUGCUCAUUAAAUAGCCAGUGUCAGCCUGAUCUCCCUGCAAACAGAUGGGGAUGAAUGCUCAGUGAAACACCCGAUCCCUGCAGCAGUGGCAUAAGGUAGAAGAUACUCUCUCUAGUAUCUUACUCUUAACAUUAACCUUCGAUAAAGGUGUUACUCUUAACACCAGUCUAGCAAAUAUUUACAAAUGUUCACAAGUCACAAGCCCAUAAGCCUUUUAUCCACCAGUCCACCAGUCCAUGUGUAACUCUGCUAGUUAUUUGUGGUCUGAAAGAGGCAAAAAAGCCACCAACCUUAACUGUUUGGAGGCAGUUUUGUUUAUCACUGGCUGUCAAGUAUGUGACUGUCUGCAAACCUGUUUAAUUUUGUUCUUGAGCUCGCAGCAGUGGCCAAAACUACUUGCCUGUUGCACUGAGACCUGUGUAUGAGGACGAUGCCAGCAAUAAGCAUUUGUGGUUGCCCGGUCUCCUUGAAAAUGGAGCUGCUUUGACUCUCCUUGACUGCACUACUUUGAGGAAAUUAAAACACUAGAAAUAUUUCUUUUCCAGAUGGUGAAGUCUAGAUAAAUGGUUGGUUGACCUACAGUUAUGUUUGCAUGCAAAGUAACCAUCAUUUAAGCUGUUGGCUUACUCUGAAAAUGUGUUGACCAUGUUCUGUGAGUGUGUAUCGUUUUCUCUCCUGGAUUUAACAAACUGGCAGCUAUGUCCAACGCUGACUGCGUUGGCACCUGCAAACCACAGAGCCUUCUCUCAACCCUGGAAACAUUUCACAAUGUUUAAUUGGAACAGAUAGCCCAAUACAUGUCUCUGUGUGUUUGAAAGUGUUUGGUGGGUUUUUAGCUCCUGCCCCCACUCCCUGGCAGGUGAUGGGCUCUCCUGUCCCAACACGGGCCAAAUCCAUGUGCCAAGCACUUCCUCUUCCACUUCCUGUCUUGAAACACCCAUGUUUCCCUUAACACUAUAUGCUUGUAAAUCAUGUAUUUUGGGUUCUACUGAAAGCCACUCUUUGUGAACUAGUCAAACCUAAAUGAACGCCAUUUUUUCAAAACACAACCUUGUCGUUUUAGUAAUACUAAUAAAAGAGAAUUAUUAUUUUUU